AUGUGCAUUUGGCCACUCUCAGGAGUUCCUGGCACUAAUAAGGGAUCGGCUCAAGCUCAAAACUUGAGGGAUUCUCUUUCUGAAGUGAAAUCUGAUAUUGUGGUCAAGGUAAUUUGUUGUUUGUUUCUGCUUGCUGACCAAAUUGGAGAUCCAAAGUACAAAUGGCCUUGCAAGGAUAACGAGGAUAAAGACUUUUCUUACUGCUUAAUUCCGCACGAGAAAUCAAAUGUGGAGAUCAACGAAGAGCUGGAAAUAUCUGAUGGUUCUUGUGAAGAUGAUUCACCUGGCGUCUUCUUGAAUCCAAAUCAGUCAACAGCUCCUCAACAGUCUUUUUGGAAGCUUAUCAAGUCAAACAUGUUUCUGCAUCGAAGCCGUAAAAGCCAAACUAUUGAUGAGUGGAUUUUGGUAGUAAACCUUUUGAAUUUCUUGGUUAGCAUGAAGAUGACAGAAGCAACACAGAUGGAACCUAUGUAUCAAUCUGGGAUUGAUGUAUUUAAAUCCAAGUGCUGCAAUGCCAAUAACUACCCUCCAAGUGACACUGCUAUUUUGUCAGAGAAUAAUCUUAAGAUCAAAUCUACAGUCCACACUGCCUCCACCGGGUAUUUUGUUGUUUUACUGAUUUUAGGGGGAUCUAAAGUGGCUGCCAUGUGGCUUUUGUUGACUCGAUAA